CAUAUUUUGCAUUCCAGAUGAUCAGUUUUUAUGGGACAACAGGCUCUGGGCUUGAAGCCACAGCAGCACAAGAGGUUUCCACCUUGGGUGCUGACAUCACGAGAAUGACAAAGGGGAAGGUCUUUUUCUUGUGCUCUUCCAGCUCCUGCCCUGAUCUCAUCAAGUUGAAGACAUUUGAGAGACUUUUCCUGGAAGUUUUAUGUGCCUUCCAUGAAGAGAUGGAAAUCUCAUCCAUUGAUAAACUCUUGGAAGAGAUGAAAGCAGUCAAUUGGGAGAGCAAUUUGAAGAAGUGGAAAAACUGCAGGGAAUCAGCAGAAUCAAGUCCCCUAUCUUUUAGGGUCUCAUGCAAAGUGACUGGACAGAUGCGCAAGAAAUUUAGUGCCUUCCAUGUUUCCAAAGCAGUUUCUGCCUCCAUCCAGAACUCCACAAAUUAUGCUGUAAAUCUGAAACAGCCUUGCUUUGAAGUGAAUGUUCGAAUCAGUGAUGAAUACAUCACCAUUGGCAUUCCCCUCACCACAGAACCCCUGUCAAAACGUCCUUAUCUGAAGCACAUCUCUGUUAGGUCAACUAUCUGCCACACAAUGUGUCUGAAGGCUGGUAUAUCAUCAGGGAUGAGAAUAUUAGAUCCAUGCUGUGGUCAUGGAACCAUUCUGGCUGAGGCCUCUUACAACUGGCCUGCUUGCAUCUAUUUUGGACUGGAUCAAGAUCUUGAAGCGUUGAAGAUUGCUUCUGAAAACAUGCAGUCCUGCAAAGCCUCAACUGCAUCACUAAUCUGUGGAGACUGUGCAAGGAUGCCAUUGACAAGUGAGAGUGUGGAUGCAAUCCUCUGUGACCCUCCAUUUGGCAUCAAGCACAACUGCCAGGAAACUGAUAAAUUCCUCGAUAGAUUCCUUCGAGAAUGUUCGAGAGUUCUAUGUGAGGGUGGAACAAUGGUGGUUCUGCUGGGAGGCCCCCUCCGUUCCUCAUUCGAGAUGCAACUGGAGACCGGACAAGGAGAGGGUGAGGAUCCGGGGGACAGACGCGAGAAUCUGAGGGACUUUCCCCAUCUGGUACUGAAGGAGACUCUGCCCCUCAGACUUGGACUUCUGGAUGCCAUCCUCUGGUGCCUCUCGAAGCACUCUGGUCGAGGACAUGUCACCUGACCGGGUGAAGAGGACGUGACCGAGUCAGAUGCAUCUUUGGAGACUGUCAGAUGUUGAAGAGAAUGAAACAGAGUUGGAGAUUCCUGACUUUUUGGGUUUUCCCCUGAAUUUGACUGUAGCUGAGCUCAUCGUGAAGAUUGUGCUAUGAAGAACUGGCAUGCUCCAUGUAUUUUAUCCUUCCUGAGUGCUGGUUCUCUUGGGAAUAAUUAAACCGGCC